AUGAACUAACAUCCUCAGUAAGCUGAGAAUUAGCAGAUCUAUCAGAACGCAGUCCUUGAACUACCCGAGUUCGAACAGCUAUGCAAUAUCCUUUAUGGUUCUUAGUCCAAUCAUGAUGCUAAGUAACAGGCUGAUUUGAAGUUGAAAAGUUUUACCGAGAGUAUUGAGAGCAUACCUAGACUAAAGCACUUUUUGGAAGUCUCAAAUAAUGAAUUCUCCUAGUAUUUAUCAGCUAGUGCCCUUAAAAAUCUGCUUGGAGAUAACUGGCUAAAGAUCCCCCUUGAAGAAAAAGUUGCAAUUAAGGAGUAUCUAUUGAAUUUCCUCGCCAAUAAAGCUCUCAAGUGCAACAGAUAAGUUAUGAAGAUGAUGAUAAUCUUGCUCGCUAAAAUAUCUAAGCUGUCAUGGUUCGAUCAUCCUGAACUCUAAAACGUAAUGAGUCCAGAGCACAUUUUGAUUGGACUUCUCACGAUUGAUCAGAUGGUGUUGGAGAUGACAUACAUAAAUAAAGGAAAGAACUUAACUAUCAAUCGCAGAGUUUCAUUAAACUUUAGAGAUAGCGCACUUUUCUAGAUUUUCAAGCAGGCUUUGGUUCUCAAUAAACAGUUAAUUGAAUAAAUUCAAACAUAGACUGAUUAGAAUUAGUAGGUCAAUGGUGUACUUGCAGAAUGUCUCAAAACUAAUCUUGAGAUCUGCCAUAAGUGUCUGAUAUUUGAUUACACUAGUGUGCUAUUGAACGAAACACUGGACGAGCCAACAAACACAAACGUUCCUAAUUCUUGGAGAGAAUUCAUUGAAACUAAGCAAAAUGUUGAUGUGAUGUUCUACAUCCUAAAAGCAAACAUUCCUUCUCCCUUCUGUAGUGCGAUUAAAUCAGCUGCUUCCAUGUGCCUUGCUGAAUACGCAAACAUUAGACAGUCAAUAUUUGAGAAGACAGAAAGCAGAAUAGAAUAUGUUUAAAACUUUGUAAACAAUCUCAUUCACUUGUUUUAAUCUCCAGCCAAACAUUUCUACAUCCUCAAGGACAGACUUAUAUUCAAGGAAUUCGUUAAGAUACCGCACAAAUUUGAAAUAAACUUCUAAAUCAGAGAUUUAACCAAGAUUGGAGACGCCAUUCUAGAGGGCUACUUGCAGGAGCUGUUCAAUUUCACUAUUGAAAGCUAUAAGACUCCCUCUGCUUCAGUCAAAUUCCACUCAUCUGUAUUGAACCAAGUGUGGUAAAGGAUACUCUAAGAGAGUAUGCAAAUGAACAUCUCCUCACAAAACAAGAUAGAGGAAAUUAUAGACUAGAUCAUAGCUAUAUUCCUUGAGGAGAACUUAAAACAAGAGGGCAUGGCUGGCAACACAAAUGUUGAUGAGGAUGAGGAGGAUGAAGAUGAGAAUUUCGAUAAGAAAGAGAAGACAAUAAAGAAUGAUAAUCUUGAUUUCUUUUCAAGACUAAUGAAGUAAAAAAUUGAUACUUCACUAAAUCUUAUGAUCAACUACUACAACUAAAUUAUCCAACAAUACUAGAAUGCAUUAGGGCAAAAUCAAAAGAACUUUAUUAAGUCAUGUGAAAGGCAACUGGGUUAUCUAGUCAAAGUAACCAAUUCAUUGUUUAGUUAUGGAAUGCCCUCCGCGAACUCGAGAGUAUCACUCUUGGCAAAGCAGAAUCAAAAUGAUAUGAAUGCAGAUUCAGCAACACCGACUGAAAUCAAAUACCCAGACUUUGUUGUCUGCUCGAGACAAAAUAAUCAAAGAAAGGUAUACCCAGCUCUUGAGACAAGCCUGCUUUAAUUCGGAAUCACUUACAAAGCAUAAGUCUUAGGCGACCCAAGGAUGCUUCUUAUUGGAAUAUAACAUAAUCCUACCACAGAUAGUGAUGACUUUUAUGAAAAGAUGGAAAAUGAUUCCUCAAGAUCCUUCAACUCAAUUGCUUAAAUGAUGGACUAGACAGACAUGAUGGCUAUUAUGGAUAUCUUCGCUGAGAAGAUUCUGCAGAAUCUCAUUUAUACCGAUGGAAACACAGACGAAGGGAAGGAGAUAAUAGGAUUCACUUUAGAUUUCUUCGAUGUUUUUGUAUCCUCUCCAUCUAGUUGCAGAUUACUCAGCAAGUCAAGCAUAAUCAAACAGCUCAUUCAAAAUCACGUCAUGCAAUUCAAUGUCUUGUAAAACGACCCCAACCAAAAGCAUAUUGGUUAGUUCUUUAAAAUUCUCUCAAUUCUCUGGCUGCAUGAAGAUUACAUAGAUAACUUCGAGACUUAUAUAUCCUAGCUAAAUACAAUCAUCACUGAGAUAUUCUCGUUAGAUCCUUAGAUAAUGAUCACUAAUCAAAACGUAAGGUCACAGCUGAUUAAGCUCUUCUACAUCUUAAAGGGCAUUGUCAAUGCUCUCUCCUCAAGCAGACAUUUCGGACUAUUCUUUGACUGGUUUUACCCUGAAAACUUCACUAUUAUAGGCAAAGCUCUAAGUGCCUUCAUCAAUGAUGAUGAAGUUGUCUUAGUCAUCUUUAAGUUCCUCGCAGAAAUCGUAAACAAUAGGUGCAGUAGACUAAGAUUUGACACUUGGAAUAUUAAUGGACUAAUAGUAUUCAAAGAAGCUGCUAAAAUCACCAUUCAAUAUUUAUAACUUUGUGAUAAUCUGAAUCAAAAGAUCGUUAAAAGAGAUGCCUACAAGGAGAAGUACAAAUUCCUUAUGUCAAUUAUGAACAUUUAUGUUAAUUGCAUCACUGGCCAUUAUAUCAGCUUCGCUAUCUGUGAGUUUUACAAUGAUGAUACUUUUUCGUAGCUCUCCAUAUGUGUAAUGAAAUGCCUGACUUCGAUAAAUAUCAAAGAUAUAAAGGCCUAUGACCAAAUAUACAAAAAGGUCUUUUCGUUAUUGGAGAGCUUCUUUAGAAAUCAUUUAGAGCUAAUGUUCGCUAAAUUUGACUUUUAACUUAUUGAAAAUAUCCUUUAGAUUUCAGUGACAGUGUGCUUGGACUACUUUAAUGAAUACGUCUAUAACAAUUUGAAGAAACCUAGCAAGAAAUCGCCUUAGUUGGCAGCUAAUAUCUAGAACUUCUAUCAAACUCAAAAUUGGGUGUUUUAGACCUUUAUGAAGAGCUUAGCGUUUACUUUACUAUUUGAAGAGCAUAAAAACAUUUGGGUUUAUUAGAAAUGCUUCCACUCUACAAUCAUAAUGUGCGAAGCUACUGCCAAGCCGAUUAUAUUUGAGACUAUCAUGAACGAAGAGAAGAGCGAGGACAGAAAACAAAAGCUUGGCCAAGAAGUCGAAAUACUAUUCACUGGAAUGAGCCCAGGAUUGGAUUCCAGAGCCAGAGAAAGCUUUAAUCCUAAGUUCACAGCUCUUAAGACCUUCCUUGUGGAAUAUGUUUUGUGA